GGGGGUGUGUGGGAGUGAGGGAGCACUGCCAGCUUCAACACUCAGACUCCUGCAACAACCCAUUAGAGGGCCCAGCAGCAAGGAGCAGCCUGGCGUUUGCAGGAGCAGCCAUUGUUGAGAGGCAGAGGGGAGAGAGAGAACAUUGCAAACAAAGAGAGUGAGAGAAAAGAAAGGGUUUCCUCUACCUCUCAGCCUUCCUGUUUCCCUCAGGCUGCCAUUACCUUUACUUCUAGCUAGGCCUCAGCCUGCAAGUCUUCCAACCUUUUCCUCUAGUUUUUUUUCCCUUCAUGUUAGGUGGAAUUUUUCUUCCAGACAUGUUUUAACUCCAUUUGGCUCUGAUUUUUUUUUUUUUUUUUAAUUUUAUUUUUCCUCCCCAACUCCUGUAGCUGCUUUGUUUCCUUAGGCUGUUCCUCUAAGUCAUUCAAGCUGUACUCGCCAAAGGAGCCCCCGAACGGCAACGCCUUUCCCCCCUUCCACCCAGGCACAAUGCUUGAUCGAGAUGUGGGACCUACUCCGAUGUAUCCGCCAACAUAUCUGGAGCCAGGAAUUGGGAGGCAUACACCUUAUGGGAAUCAGACUGACUACAGAAUAUUUGAGCUAAACAAACGUUUGCAAAAUUGGACAGAGGAAUGUGACAAUUUGUGGUGGGACGCUUUCACUACAGAGUUCUUCGAAGAUGAUGCCAUGUUGACCAUCACAUUUUGCUUGGAAGAUGGACCAAAGAGAUACACAAUCGGGCGGACACUUAUUCCCCGGUAUUUCCGCAGCAUUUUUGAAGGUGGCGCUACAGAACUUUACUAUGUACUGAAACACCCUAAAGAGUCCUUUCACAAUAACUUUGUCUCCCUUGACUGUGAUCAGUGCACAAUGGUCACGCAGCAUGGAAAGCCUAUGUUCACACAGGUGUGUGUAGAGGGCCGUCUUUACCUGGAAUUCAUGUUUGACGAUAUGAUGAGGAUAAAAACAUGGCACUUCAGUAUUCGGCAACAUCGAGAACUAAUUCCCAGAAGUAUCCUCGCCAUGCAUGCGCAGGACCCUCAAAUGUUGGACCAGUUGUCAAAGAACAUAACAAGAUGUGGACUUUCAAAUUCUACACUUAACUACCUCCGAUUAUGUGUAAUACUAGAACCGAUGCAAGAACUCAUGUCCAGGCAUAAGACCUACAGCUUAAGUCCUCGAGACUGCCUCAAGACGUGUCUUUUUCAGAAGUGGCAACGAAUGGUAGCACCACCUGCUGAACCUGCAAGGCAGGCGCCCAACAAACGCAGGAAAAGGAAAAUGUCUGGCGGAAGCACUAUGAGCUCUGGAGGGGGCAAUACAAAUAACAGUAACAGCAAAAAGAAGAGUCCAGCUAGUAGCUUCGCCCUCUCCAGUCAGGUACCUGAUGUAAUGGUGGUGGGCGAACCAACCCUGAUGGGAGGAGAAUUCGGGGAUGAAGACGAGAGGCUCAUAACCCGCCUGGAGAACACUCAGUUUGAUGCUGCCAAUGGAAUUGAUGACGAGGACAGCUUCAAUAACUCGCCAGCGCUAGGCGCCAACAGCCCAUGGAACAGCAAACCACCUUCAAGUCAAGAAAGCAAAUCGGAGAACCCAACAUCACAGGCUUCACAGUAAAAAAAAAAAAAAAACACACAAAAAAUCAAAUAUAUAUAUAUGUGUAUAUCAGGCCAAUAUGGAGAAACAAAAUAUUGUUUUAAAUAAAACUAAAGUCUCCAUAAAAGAGAUGUUGAAACUUAUCUACCUGUAAAUUGAGAUUAAAAGAAAAAAAUUUAAAAAUGACGUUUUAAAAUGAACCCCUUUGCUGUAGGGCCUACCUUCUAAGGAUUGGGGUUAAAUAUGAGAGCAAAAGUGGGAAAGGAGGCACUGUGGCCUGCUUGCUGUGUGAUAAAGAAGAGGUUUAUGGUUUUUUCUAUUCUCAGGUUACCAAGUUUUAGUGAUAAUAACUUGGAGAGGUAACCACUUUUCCCAGUUUGGAAGAUCGUUACGAGUUGGGAUUCUGAGCUGCAAGCUCCUAUAAAAAAAAAAAAAAAAAAUUGUGGUGUCCCCAAUUAUUAUUAUUUUUUCUGCAUGUUACAUAAACUUGUGAACAUAGACAUUUUUAUAAUAAUGUAUUUCUAUUAAUUUGUCCACGCAGGGAAAGAUUUAAAUUUCCUCCUCUGCAUGUUCUUUGCACUAAAACUUGAGUUUGCCAGUACUAUUUCUGAUGUCGAAGGCACUUCUGGGUUAAAGUUUCAAUGAUACUGGAUGUUCAUUCUUUUGGGUUUGGGUUGUUGAUUUUUUUUUUUACAUUUUUGAGAGAAACAAAGCUGUUAUUAAUCAUUGAUACUUAUUUUUAAUGAGUACCUAGUUAGAUGUUUUAGCUUUCAAUAUAAUUGAAUAUAAUAGGAAGAUGCCAGCUUCUAAUGAGGUCUAUAUUUAUCAGUUCCUAAUUAUAUUUAUUGGUUAUUAAAUUAUCAAAUGAGUGGAUUCCCCAUGAAAUGGAACUGAACUUUUCGUUUUGCAAUUUAAUUGAAUAUUUUUAUUUUAAGAUUCACCCCUUGUACAAUAUUUUGAUAUCUAGGUCUAGCUCUGCAAUAAUUUAAUAUUGUAGAUGCACAGUAUUGAUUACAAUCCUUUCCCCGACAUGUGGCAUAAAAAAACUUUGUUCUUUUUUCUUUUUGUACUUGUGCAACCCUUAGGGCCACUGUUUAUUUUAAAUGUAAUGCACCAAUAAUGUAAUAAAAUCUGCAAUAAAGCACAUUAAAACGAACAGGGAAAGAAAUGUGUACGUAGGAUUAUAAUUAACAUGAAUACGCAAACUAUUCUUGCCAACCUGAAGAAUUAGGGCAAAAACUUUACUCCAUUAGAGUUCCUGAUCAUUUGCUUCCUUUUAUAAUGGUAAACCAUUCUAUACCUUCGCCCACUAGGUGAUGAACCUUUUACUUUUACCAACACAACUCCCAAAAUAAAGACUCAGACACCAAUUAUGGGAGAAUACAAACAGGGUUAGUGACCCUACUUUCCUGCCAACAGUCACUAAUAAAGCCUCUGACACUUCUCCCCCUAGCUGCCACUCCUGCUAUUACACCUACACACGUCUAGUUGCUCCUGCAAAAAAACUAACUCAAGUUGUUCUCUUGGGCCAUUGUGUUAUGAGCUUUCUUUCAUAUCUGUGCUCAACACUUAAACAGAAGAUUAUAGUAUGUCUGUUUUAAUUGAAUCAGCCAAUAUAAAAAAAAAAGUAAAAUUCUGACCAUCAAAAAUCUGUUAAUAAGAGGAGGGAAUAUCUAAAAUACAAAGUCCCCAAAUGGAAGAAGGAUGAUUAUUUGUAUUUUUAUGAUUUUAUUUUUUGUGGUUUAUUUUUUUUUAGUCUUAUUUGAUGUUCGUUUACUUGAAUUAUUGUUUCCCAGCUACUAAAGCCCAAAUGGAAUAUUCACCAUACGAAUCAAGAGUAUAAGUACAAGAUUGCAGUUGCAGGAUCACAGUGCCUCCCUACUGAUUUUGACUUUCUAUUUUUUAUUUUUUUUUUGUUUGUUUUUAAAUAAUGUUAUUAAAAAAGUAAGUUAAAAAAUGCUGUCCUGAUUUUGUACUGGCUUAUAUAUAUAUAUAUAUCUGGGGAAUCUUGUUUUUAUACAGUUCCAAAAGCUUCAAACCAAGGAAGGACUUUGUUAAAUUCCUUUGUAAUUCCUCCAAGUGGACAAGAGGAGAAAACCUUUUUUUUUUUUCUUCAAUGUUAUCUUGUGUAUUUUUUUUUCUCUCUCCUCACAAUCAACCAGUUUUAACGCUUGGGUUUGUGUACCUUGUGCUUGUAAAUUUUUCCGCUUGGUAGAAGCAGUGUGUAAUUCUGGUCUUACUGUAUUUAUCAUUAGAAAAUAUGCCUCCUUUUUAUAUUUAGGGGAUAUGAUAUUUGGGAGGGUUUUAAAUCCCAUAUUACUUUUUUGGGGUUUCAAAAUAAAAAGGGUGUUCAACAAGUGGGGAUGUUCCAUUGUCACCAGUUCUGUGUAUUCAACCAGAUUUAAAGGGACAGUCUACACCAGAAUUUUUAUUGUUUUAAAAGAUAGAUAAUCCAUUUAUUACCCAUUCCCUAGUUUUGCAUAACCAACACAGUUAUAAUACACGUAUUACCUUGUAUCUAAGCCUCUACAGACUGCCCCCUUAUUUCAUUCCUUUUGACAGACUUGCAUUUUAGCGAAUCAAUGCUUACUCUCAGGUAACUGCACAAGAGUGAGCACAGUGUUAUCUAUAUGACUCAAAUGAAUCAACCAACACCAUCUAGUGGUGAAAAACUGUCAACAUGCAUUCAGCUUAGAGGCGGCUUUCAAGGUCUAAGAAAUUAGCAUAUGAAUCAAAGCAUAAAAUUACAGGCCCUAUCUGAAUCAUGAAAGUUUAUUUUGGACUAGACUGUCCCUUUUAAUGCUUCUCACAUUUAAAAUGUUACUGUUGUUGUAGACUUUUUUUUCUCAAAAUGUUUUGCAGAUACCAGUUCUAAGUAGAUUGUAGUAAAAAUUGGCUUAAAAUGUACAUGGUUUAGGUCACAUUUUAAAUCCAUUCUUCUAUGUACUGGAAUCUUAAGACUGUUUAGUAGUGAAAACAAGUGUUGGGAGCUAAAGUGACAAGGCAAAUUGUGUAAACUGUUUUUUUAUUUUGUUGUAAAAAGUACAUUUGUAGAAUUUUGUUUUAUUCUAAGCACUCCCACGUGCCUGAUUUGUAUUUCCCUUGCACAAGUAUAUGGCUGUGACUUGUGUGCUGCCUUCAUGCAAAAUAGUUGAGCAGCGUAAUGCCAAUAGUUCAAUCUAUUAAAAAAUAACAGCUACAAUAUUUUUUAUUUUAAUAUCAUGUAAGGUCUCCAUUUUGUACAUGUUAAACAAACAUUUUUUCAGCUUAUAUAUAAAAAAAUGUAAUAUUUUUUUUUUUUUUUAAUGCAAUUCUAUGGGCUUCAAUCACAAAAGGGAGAUUUUCAAAAUAUGCAUCCUGGACUGAUAUAUGCAAUAGUUAACUUUAUAAAUACUUCUUUUAAAAAAAAAAAAAUCUUCACCUGUACAUUUUUUUUCUUCAUUUUUUUUUUAAAAAAAAAAUCUAUGUGUAUCUUGGGUGAUAGCAAUUGUUUUUAAUUUAUUAAAAUAUUUUUAUUCUUUAGAAAAUUACCUUCUUUUGUGUUAUUGUUUUAUAUAUUUGAUCCAAUCAAGUAUAUUCAAAUGUACAGAAGUAUUUUAAUAAACAUGUUGCUUUUUGGCCACUAGGUGGCUCUUACAAUGCAAAUACAUAUUUACUAAACCUUGUUGAACAACCUUCAUCAGAUUUAUCUGAAUAUUUAUCUAUAUAUACAGUCUGAGUAGCAAAUAUUUUCUAAAGCAUUUUCUGCCCAGGAUAAGGUUAGCAUUUUAUUUUUUUCUUAGGAAUAUACUACCACUUCAUGCAUGCAAACAUUAAAGUUACAGAAUUUAGAUUUGCAAAUAAUUAGACUUGUUGUUUCUUGGAUUUCUGCAAUUUAUAAUCAAUAAAAAAAAAUAUACCAUAAUUAUUUAUUAAUCUUGCUUUUUUAUUUUUUUUUCUCCUAUUUGUUUCAUUGAAAAAUUCCAGUGCCAACAACAAUAUUACUGAUGGAUGCAGGUGGAAUUAAAAAAUUGUUUUGUUGUCAGCUGUGCUAAAAAUAAAAUAAAAAACUUCCAUAUUAAUAUGGAUUUUUUUUUCUUUCUAUAUGGGUAAAAUGUAAUUAUUUGUAUUUUAAUUACCUAUAGAGUGGAAAAAUUUAGUGUGUGUGUAUAAAUAUAUAUAUAUAUAUAUAUAUAUAUAUAUAUAUAUAUAUAUAUAUAUAUAUAUAUAUAUAUAUAUAUAUAUAAUCACCAUUUGCUUUCUCACGCUCCUAACAACUUGUUUUUACCAAAAAAAAAUUAUAUAUAUUUUCCACAUUUUAAAUUUUUAAGUGCAGCAAUAUACUGAGUCAACAAUAACCUUGUGUCUGUAGAGAGAAUGAUCUUGUGUGGGAGGUAAUGCUUAGAUUUGUAGAAUAUAUAAAUGUGUAUAUAUAAAUGUGUGCGUACAAUAUAUAUAUUUUUUGUUAUUUUGAAGGUACGAUUUAAACAUUAAAAAUUGACUUUACCCUGAUUUUUUUUUUCUAUGAAUUGGUGACAUACAACCCUCAUUAAUUGCCCUGUGAAUUUUUGCCAACAUGAGAGCACUCAAAUUACAUUGCAGACUUUGUGCCACUGAGUCAUGUAUGGAACUAAUAAAGAACUUUUCAGUUUCA